AUGGCCUCGCUGCCAUCAUAUCAGGAUGCCGUCAGUAUACUCGACUGGCUCGAGUUGGUGGCACCAUAUGUAGCAGACAAGGACUUUGCUAGUCUUUGUUCUGUGAAUAGACGUUUCUACGCCGUCUUCGCACCCCGCCUGUGGAACGACCCGUUGGUCGCCGUUCGACGGUUGGGACUGGAUCCAAGUGACGACCUGGAAUGGUACCUGGCAUUUGUCUUCGAUCGCAUGCAUCGCCUGCGGCCGACAACCCUGGCUCUGAUCAUCACUCUCGACUUUCGUGACUUUGCCAAAGACACUGCCCACUUCUCGUCCGACAGUAGCACCAGGACAAUACCUCAAACUCUUCGCCAACUCCCCCCAAUACUGCCGAAUCUCAGAUGCAUCCUCCUGGACGGCCACGCCGAGGCGAACCCUGCCUUCUUGACAGCCACCCCGGCGUCCGAAGCAAACGUGACACCUCGGGAUCCUUGUCAAGGUCUGUUGCUUCUCAGUGUUGCCCAUUGCCAAACGCAACUCCCCAACGGCUUCUACAUGUCGGACAAGCUCCAGUCGCUGGUCUUUCUAGACGUUUCCGGUUUGUCAGGUUCCCUGCAGCCCCUAAUUGCGGCAGCACACGGACGUCGCAACCUACUCGCAUUAAAGGUCCUCAAAUUGAGGCGUCGAGAGAUCAACGACCCAUUGGCUUUGAUGCUGUUCCAGGCGUUCAAAAGCUCGCUGUGGAGUCUGGAUAUCAGCGAAAACAACAUCACAGACGCUAUUCUUGGUCAAUUUACUGCACUUUGCUUCAAUAGUCCAUCUUUGAGGUCUCAGUCCCGAUUCAUGACUGAGGGCAAACUUGUCUUUGAUAGCCAACAUAAUGACACACAUGGGCCGUUCAUGUUCAUUCAAGAAUCCGACUCGAGCGGGACCUUCAGCCAUGCAGAGCGGCACUUCGUGGAUGCCCCCAUCUACUCUGCCGAUGCAAGUCGCGAUCUGCAGGAGGACGAAGCGGUGCGAGCCAAUGGCAGAACCCCGUUGAGACGAGACAGUGUGGACUGCGUUAAGGCCGCAACCUCGGGAGGCAUGGAUCAUCCGGUACCUGACUGGUCAGACGUGCCAUACCUCGACGUCUGCUCUGCACCUGCUGGGAUCACCCACUUGCACAUCUCAGACACUCACAUCACUUCUUCAGGUGUGGAGAGACUAUUGCGUAGCUCGCAAGGCCAGCUGGAAGAGCUGUCCUGCGAUGCUCCGUCUUUUCUACCCGUCCAGGGAUCUGCUUUGAAGCAACAGCAUCUCCUCCCAUGGCCCAAGAACACCACCCUGCGCGGCGUUCUGGGUUGUGCGCACAUAUUCAGGCCCGUCUUCUCAUCCAACCUCCGGGAGCUGAGAAUUCACCAUUCGCUCGUGACGCAGAUUCCGACGCUUGAGACCGAUGGCCUGUCAACCAUGGCACGUCUCUGGCUAGCCGAGACAGUCCUCAGGAAACGAUCUGAGAUGGCCUUCCCACAGACGUUUGAGCCGGACAUGAACCCCCGGUUGACGUCCCUAACUCUGACCAAAAUCCCACGUCGCUCCAAUGGCCCAUUGAUCGACAAGCUUUUGCACUUUCUCAGACAGGUUGGUCUACAGGAGCGUGCGAUCCUAGAAACAUCGUCUCAAUCGUUAUCGCGACAUGGCCCGGUGCUGCUGCGCGGCCUUCGCCAUCUCCGUCUAGAGUUCGAAGCCGAUCCUAUUGAGGAUCCCGCCGGCUUUUCAGCCGCAGACGACCUUGACGCCGAAGAGCUCUUGAACGUGGGCGUGGGCGAGGGCUUCAGCUUCUUCGGCGACGAGCGCAGGCCUCAGCCGCGCCCUGAAGCCAGCAGGAAAAAGCAAGCAACAGCGCCCGACGAGGUGGCUGCGCGCCCGUCCCAGCCCGCCACAGUCCGUCUGAGCGCGUUCCCCUACAGCGAUAUUGAGGGCGAGUUUAUGCGCUACCGUGACACAUGGGGCGAGAAACAAUUCGAACGGAGAAUCUGGGUCGGCGCCGGCGUUCUGGGCUCUGAUCAUCCUGCUGUCGAUGCGUACAUGAAGCUCGUGACGAACCCAUUGCUGAGAACCAGGGCCGGACCAGCCACUCCAGCGCACGUCAGAGCCGGUGUUCCAGAAGGAACUGUCCUCUUCCACGCGGCUUGGGACGCCAUCGUCAUGCCUUCAGAGUUGAGACCUCCCAGAGCGGCAGGACUCCGUGGCAUGCGGGACGUUUUGGAGGCAAUCAAGGCGUUUCGCGUCGAGACUAGGGCGGCCUACGAAGCCGCGAAGAAGACUACCGUUGAAGGCGUGGCAGAGCUGACUACCACCAGACCGCAAGAUUACUUUUGGUCGGGGAGGCUUGAGGUCUCUGCCCAGCAGAGCAUGGCACACUAUCGAGCGCCUGAUUAUUGGCGAUGA